AUGUCCGAUAAAAUCGAUUUCUGCGAAGGCGACAUAUAUUUCACAUCGACUCCGAUACCACCAAGUCUAACAGAAGUGGAUUCAGACGAAGAAUAUUCUUAUUUCUUGCGACCAGUCUCGAAUCAUAUCGAUUCCAGCGAAAAGCAUUCAUCUUCUCCGCUGACUUUAUUGCAGACACAUCGACUUCGAGAGCCGAUCAGUUUGGACGAAGAUUGCAACCUCUUUCUUAUUUCUGGCUCGAAACGUCCGAACUCUCCGAUUGAUAAAACGAGCGCGGCAAUCGCUCACAUUACAGACGCUGACAACGACGAGGAUCAUAGUGAUUCGUUUGAAGACGCAACCAUUCAUCUAUCCGACACAUCGAUCAUUGCCGACAUCAAGAAAAAUGCCAAAAUCGACGUUGCCGGUCCAGAACCAUUUACAUCGAUACGUCAGCAGACGAUUGAUAAUAGUAAUUGUCGAAUUAUUCUGCAGGCCUGGCGUCCGAAUUCGGUCGAGCGGCUUGUCUAG